GGCAAACACAAGCCACAAUAACAAACUUCCCAGGCAGGCUGUGCUGUGGGCAAGUGAUGUGAAGCAUGUGACCAGGAAGAAGGAAGUGCGAGUGAUGCAGCAGCUGCUGCUGGCAAUGGCUGCAAUGAUGGUGCAGGAUCCCUGCCAGUAAGGGACAGAGGGAGGCUCCUUGUCUGGCUUCUGAGCCAAAAGCUUCUGCCCACUGACAGACUGCGGCCACACUGCUGCUGGGAGAGGGAGCCGAGCUGGGGGGCCAUGAUGCCUUUUUUCUGCCGGAAGCAGAAGCAGAGCGAGGAAGCGAGAAAACGCCUUGAAUAUCAGAUGUGCCUGGCCAAAGACGCCGGUGCUGAUGACAUUCUUGACCUCUCAAACUGUGAAUUAUCAGAGAUUCCCGAUGGCGCCUUCUCUACAUGCCGUGUUUUGCAGAAAAAGGUUCUGAUUUUUCACAGCAAUUUUUUAACCCAACUGGUCCCCAAGUCUUGCCAGAUUUCUGAUCUAUCAGCCUUGAAGGUUCUAGAUCUCCAUGAGAACCAGAUUGCAGCACUUCCUGGGAAUAUCAGCCAUCUGACAUCCUUACAGGUGCUAAACCUUGAACAAAAUCUCUUACGAGCUCUUCCUGAUUCCAUCGGAGACUUGUCUCAACUGCAGAUCCUAAAUGUGAAAGGGAACAAACUCAAAUUACUGCCUCCCACCAUUGGGGGGCUGCACUGCCUAAGGACUUUGAACAUCAGUGAGAAUAGACUACAGGAGCUCCCGCGGUCCCUGGCCAAUGUCCGCACGUUGGAGACCCUAUCCCUGGAUGCUACAGGGAUGAUCUUCCCCCCUCCGGCCUUGUGCAGCGAAGGAACAGAAGCCAUCCAGCGGUUCCUGUGCAAAGAGCUCGGUAUGGAGUAUUGUCCCCCUUCCCAGUACUUCAUGUCUGUGCUGGAAAACAAUUCGUGCAACACAGAAGUUGAUGCUGUGGAUGGGGCCCUUCUCCAGUCCCUACAGGAGCAGACAGACUGGGAGAACAAGUUCUCGGAGUAUGAGAAGAGAAAGGAACAGAAAAUGCUGGAAAAACUGGAGUUUGAGAGACAGUUGGAUCUGGAGCAGAGGGAACAAGCACAGCUUCUCCUUCAGAGCAACACACAGAAGGAUGAGAUCCUGCAGACCAUGAGAGAGGAGCAAUCAAGGCUGGAGAAAGGACUGAACCAACAUCACCAGCAGAUUCAAAGUGAGAGGCAACGGCUCCAAGAGCAGCUCAAGCAGAUGGAGAAGGGCAUUUCGUACCGUAUCAAAAAUCUGCUGGAGCAGAACCGCAGACAAAAGCAAAAUUCGGCAGUUCUGAAAUCACUAGAAGAUGAACGAAUUAAAAUGGAGCACCUCAUGGAAAUCACACAGGAGGAAACUGACAACUUGCGUCGGAAGGAAGUGGCCUCUGCCAUGCAGCAGAUGUUGGCAGAGACCUACAAAAGCAAAUUGCUUCAGAUGGCCUACGAGUCCCGGCGCCAGGAGAUGGUGUAUCAGACCUGUUCCAGUCUGGCAGAGAUGGAUCUAAAGUUGCAGCAGAUACAGCACUGGCAGCAGAUGGAUCAAAGCAAAGCCAUUUGUCAGAUCUUGCAGGAGGAGGAGAUACAAAAAGCUGCGUUUGAGGCUCUGCAGCUGAAGAAGGAUCUCAUGCACAGACAGAUAAGGGAGCAGAUAUUAUUAAUAGAGGCUGAGUUAAUGCAACUGACUCAGCUUGAGGUAAAGAGGCAAGAAUUCUGCAACGAGACGCUGCAGGAGGUGAUAGCUGAGCAAAGAUGCAUCCUCACUGAUAUGCUCCAGCAACUUCUUAAAGACAAGAAGCAGCGAGAGGAGGAACUGCUAGCAGUGUUGCUGGAGAUGGAUGCCAAGAGUGAAGCCAGGCAGGAGAACUAUUGGCUCAUACAGUACCAGCGCCUGCUCAACCAGAAACCUCUGUCGCUCAGGCUGCAGGAGGAAGGUUUAGAACAGGAGCUGGUGGAUCUCCUUAAAGACCUUUCUGCUGAGAAGUAUCUUCCCAUAUUCGCGCAUCAUCGGUUCUGCUUAGAGAUGCUGGAGAAAAUGACCCCCAGUGAUCUUAAAAAGAUCGGAGUAGAAGAAAUGGGCUUACAGCACGCCAUCAUCGAUCUAGCAAGAGACGUUGUGCGCAUGAGAAGAGAUCAACCCAAAGCCUUAGAGAAAACUGUGCCUGAAGAGGAGCCAUGUGCUCCACCAUCAUCCAUUCCACCGUGCCCAGUUGAGCCUUCAGCCCCUGAUACCGAAGUGGCCAACAUAAACUCAGAGUGUGUUGUGUGCAUGGAGCAGGAGGCCCACAUCAUCUUCCUACCCUGCGGCCAUGUGUGUUGCUGUGUCACCUGUGGGGAUGCCCUCCAUACUUGUCCUUUGUGCCGCAGAGACAUCACCCAGCGCAUACGGAUCUACCAGAGCUCCUAAAGGAUCACUGUGGAAGCUUCAGAUUUACUGAGGGGGCUGUCUGUGCUUUGUCACCUGGUCCUCCACCCUAUCCUUUGCUGCUGCUUGAAGCAUGUUUGUGCUACCUGGCAAUUUGAAUAUGCUGCACUAUAUAUUCCUUGUGAAUAUCACCAUCCUUUCAGUGAUUACCUUCAGUGUAACUGGCACUUCCCAAGUACCAGCUGCAUUGUAUAUCUGUAGCAAGUAUCACUCAAGAUUUCCUUUGCCAUUUUCUCUGCAGUGUCAGUGAGGACAGAUAUCACUUUAUUUAUUACGGCUCUGACACAAGGACAUUUAUAGAGAUCUUAUUGAUCUGCUCGCUGUUUAUUUUUGUACAUUAUUUCCCUGUGCUUUGUACAAACCUCAUUCUUCCCUUGUUGAUUACUUUUUUCCCUUUUUUUUUAUACCUAAGAUGGAUGGAAAUCCGUGACCCUUGUGCUGCCCGGGCCCCUGUGCACGUACUGUUAGGCCCAUAAAUCUUUGGACAGAGACUUUUUUUCUAAUUUUGGUUCUGUACAUUACCACAAUUAAUUUUAAAUGAAACAACUCAGAUGUAGUUGUCUCUGUCCAAAGAUUUAUGGGCCUAACUGUAUAUGGCAUUUAUCUAGAUACAGUGGUCAGUGAUGCAGCAAUGGAACACUCACACCCUAACUGGGUCUGGUUGGGGGGCUCUCUGCAUGAAACACAGCAGAUGAGCACACACCAACUAGGCUUUUGCACAACAUCUUGGUAGAACUGUGCAAUAACCCAUAUAUAUAUAUAUAUACACGUGUUGUGUAAAUAUUAUUGUAUUCUGACAAUAACCCUCCAAAAACAUGUGUAUCCCUAGAAACUUGCACUUGUUACCGUAAGGCGAAGGCCUUUGCAAUACUGUUCCGCCACCUUCCCAGGCUUGUCAUCUCAUUCAUGGAAGCACUUGUCUGUGUGGCUACAGGAAAGGCAUAACAAGCUAAUUAAAAUUAUUCAUGUUUAAAAAAAUAAA